AUGCCUUUUACAAAAUUUGCUGAUUAUUUUAACACUAGCUCCAAAAAUUCAGAAAGCACUGAAAGCACUGAAUGCAAGAAUUCAUAUGAAAGUGAAGCUGUUAAUCAACCUAUGGACGAUGCAAAUCUUGAGACUACAGUAACAAAUACAGGGAAGGAAUUGGACCAUAGUAAAACUCACCAUCGUCAUAUCACCGAUGAAACAUUCCACCAAUCGUCGGAUAAUUUGAUUGUGGGAUUGUAA